UAUGCCUCUGAGUUCCUUGAAGUAGUGUAUGCAUAAAAGGCUCUAUAGAGUGUAUAAGCUCAGAGUACCAGUCCAUGUGAGCUUCACAGUAAGGCCUCGGGACCUGAUAGUGGACUUUCAUAAGAGGCAUCUUAAAUGUGGAGUGAAGGGACAGCCUCUUAUCAUUGAUGGAGAACUUCAUAGUGAUAUAAAACUAGAGGAGUCUACGUGGGUUUUGGAAGAUGGAAAAACUGUUUUCAUCACAUUAGAAAAGGUGAACAAAAUGGAGUGGUGGAGUCGGCUUGUGCAGACCGAUCCUGAAAUAAGUACCCAGAAAAUCAACCCAGAACCCUCAAAACUGUCAGAUCUGGAUGGUGAGACACGUGGCCUUGUUGAGAAGAUGAUGUAUGAUCAAAGGCAGAGGGAACUUGGUCUCCCUACUUCAGAUGAGCAGAAGAAGCAGGACAUCAUUAAAAAGUUUAUGGAGCAGCAUCCUGAAAUGGACUUCUCAAAAUGUAAGUUUAACUGAUUAAAUGACAGAUGACAGUGCAUGAAGUUGCAGGCUUUCCAGACUGAAUGUUGGUGAAGACAUGUUGAACUAUAAAUAUUACUGUAACUGGAAGAUAUUGAAGAUGAACAGUUUGUUCAGUGGUAUAACAGUGUUACUUAAUUUUCCUUCAUUUGUCAAUCACAGUUGUUAAUACUUUCAAUAUAGAGAAAAUUUUGUUCAAAAUAUGUAAAGCCAGGUUUUUUGGUCUACAUAGAUGGUGUUACUGUGCAGAGAAAAGGUGUGAGCUGGUCAUUUCAUGACCAGUUGUAAUGCCUGAGACAAGAAAAUGUUUUCCAUAUGAAUUUCAUAUUGUCAGAUAUAGCCCAUUGCACAUUUCAAACUGUAAUCCUGCAAAAGAACAACUGAAGAGACAUGUUUAUGAAUUGGCAAUGCACAGUUGUUUUACACUGUUGAAAGCUGUACUGUGAAGCACGCAAAUGCCACUUAAAAAAAAAAAAGUAUUUCCCAGAUAUUUAUCACAUUUGAAGGAAAAUGCAUUAUUGAUUUCCAUAAUUGAUUAUUCCUAAUCUCUGUGUUGUCAGUUUUAAAAAUAUGUUGAAUAAUGUAUCUGAUAUUCUUUGGCAUUAGCUGAAAUUUGGUUAAUGCUUUCCAUGAAUAAAUUUGCUGAUGUAAUUAUUGCCAAAUAAGAUACUAUGAAAAUUAAAUGUAAUUCUUUCUUAUGCAGAU